AUGUAUAUGGUUAUGAAAAUGCAACAGCAAAACACCACAGGGAGUGAAGGAGUGGAGGUUUUGGAGAAGAGACCUUUCGAAGAUGAUGAGUUUGGAAAGGGGCAAUACACAUCCAAAAUAUAUAGGUUACAAAGAAGGAGGAGCACCGAAAUUUGUUCGUGUAAGCUUGAUUUCCAGCCUUCUGUAGCCGAUAGUAGAAACUUCCAGGUGACGGCGUGUGAAGACCUGGUAUUUAUUUUGGGCGAAACUGCUGUAGAUGCGGGAAAGGGAAAUAUAGCACUGGACCCACUUAAAUUAACGGCUGGAGGAGAAGAAGCAAUCAAGCAGGAAGAAGUUUAUGGCCGUAGAAGCAGGCUGCAGGGUCUCCAUUGUCGUGGGCUUCUCCGUGCGAACUUGUUGUCGACGAACACAGAAAUAGCUCAGACACUUGCACAUCCCAAAUAUUCCUUGCUUACGGUCGAUCGGUUCUCCCUGCUGGAUACGAUGAUGGACGGAGCUCGAUCGGUAGAAAUCGCCAUGUUCGGUGGAGGAGGAAGGGUAGAUUCAUGUGGUAGUUGGGCAAUUGGUGUGGUAGGUGGGUUGGUUUCUCUGCAGGUAGCAUCAGCAGCUCAGAGAUCUGAGAUCCGGAAGAUGGAGGAGGUAAAAAAGGUGUCGAGUCCGGCCAGGAAUUCGCAUUCUGGUGAUGGAGAGGAGCCCUCAAUUGAAGCUCGAUUCAUUCAAUUUUGCAAGAAUGAAUUAUCAUUGGACGACAACUUUUUGGUGCAAGCAACAAAGCUGUUUAAUGAAAUCAAGCAUAUACUAUCCACUAGUAUUUCUUCUGUCGGAAGUGGGAUGCCAGAAGAAGUAGAACGUUAUUGGUUUGCGUUUGUUCUCUACUCUGUGAAAAGGCUGAGUGAUGAGAGAGAAGCUGAUAAUUUGAAUGGAGGAAGUGGAGAAAAUGGAUUUACUUUAUGCCAGAUACUAAGAGCUGCAAAACUCAACAUUGUUGACUUUUUCAAAGAACUUCCUCAGUUCAUUGUCAAGGUUAGUCUGAUUCUAAGUAACCUCUAUGGUGCGGAUUGGGAGAAGAGACUUGAGGCAAAGGAAUUGCAGGCCAACUUUGUCCACUUGAGCCUUUUGAGCAAGUAUUACAAGCGUUCCUACAGAGAACUUUUCUUGACAAAUGAUGUUAACGAUAAUAAGAAUUUGGACACUUCCGAUACCCCGGUUUACGCCUCAGACUAUUAUCGUUUUGGGUGGUUGCUAUUUCUGGCUCUACGUGUCCAUGUAUUCUGCCGUUUCAAGGACUUAGUGACAUGCACAAAUGGUUUAGUUUCUAUAUUGGCUAUCCUUAUUAUACAUGUCCCUGCUCGCUUCAGAAAAUUCAAUGUUAUUGACUCUCCACGCUUUGUUAAGAAAGGUGACAAGGCUGACCUACUUGCCUCACUUUGCAACAUUUAUGAAACCUCAGAAUUCGAGUUGAGGAAAACAUUUGAAAAAGCAAACGACUUGAUAACUGAUACAUUGAAGAAGAAACCUUGCUUGGCUUCAGAAUGUAAAACUGAAAACCUGGCAAAUAUCAACACAGAUGGUUUGAUCUACUUUGAAGAUCUGAUGGAUGAAUUAUCUUUAUCUUCUAGUAUAAGUUCACUAGAAAAGGAUUAUGAUGUUGCUAUUCAAAAUAAGGGUGAACUAGAUGAGAGGAUUUUUAUCGAUGAGGAUGAAAGCAUUCUAGGGUCAGGGAGCUUGUCUGGAGGUGCAAUAAAUAUGAAUGGAUAUGGGGCUAAGAGGAGGAUUGACUCAAUAGCUUCCCCAUCGAAGACAGUUACAAGUCCCCUAUCUCCUUACCGCUCUCCUAUGUCUCCUUCCAGUAGCAUUCCCGUUAGCAGCAACUCCAAGAUGGCAGCUACCCCCGUAAGCAUGGCAAUGACUACUGCAAGGUGGCUACGGACAGUUAUAGCUCCACUUCCAUCUCAACCUUCGGCAGAGCUGGUGAAAUUCUUUUCUUCUUGUGACAAAGACGUGACAGCUGAUGUUAUACGUAGGGCUCAAAUAAUACUUGUGGCCAUAUUUCCAAGUAGUGGUCCUGGGCAAACUGCAAGCUUAAUAGACAACAUAUGGGCAGAACAGCGUCGAUUGGAGGCACUGAAGCUUUACUACAGGGUUCUGCAAGCCAUGUGCACAGCAGAAUCCCAAAUUUUGCAUGCGGAUAAUUUAACUUCUUUGCUAACCAACGAGAGGUUUCACAGAUGUAUGCUUGCUUGUUCUGCUGAACUAGUUCUUGCCACACAUAAAACAGUGACUAUGUUAUUCCCAACAGUGUUGGAAAGAACUGGAAUUACAGCUUUUGAUCUUAGUAAGGUGAUAGAGAGUUUUAUCAGACAUGAAGAAAGCCUUCCGAGGGAAUUGAGAAGGCAUUUAAAUUCACUUGAAGAACGACUUUUGGAGAGCUUGGUAUGGGAAAAAGGCUCCUCUAUGUACAACUUUUUGACAGUUGCAAGGCCAGCCUUCAGUGUAGAAAUAAAUCGUCUAGGCUUGUCAGCUGAGCCAAUGCCAUCUUUGGAUGCAAUUGCCAUGACGUGCGGCUCAUUUCCCACACAAUAUAUGCCGAAGCAGGAAACUCCUGGUCAGAAUGGAGAUAUUCGUUCCCCAAAAAGAGUGUGCACUGAGUAUCGAAGUAUGUUAGUACAGCGGAACUCAUUCACUUCACCUGUAAAGGAUCGCCUUUUGGCCCUUAACAAUCUGAAAUCAAAGUUGACACCUGCUUUGCAGUCUGCAUUUGCCAGUCCAACAAGGCCAAAUCCAGGUGGUGGUGGGGAAACAUGUGCAGAAACAGCAAUUAACGUGUUCUUUGGCAAGAUUGUAAAGUUAGCUGCUGUAAGGAUUAAUGGCAUGGUCGAGCGGCUACAGCUGUCGCCAAAGAUAAGGGAGAGUGUGUAUUGUCUCUUCCAAAAGAUUGUUGGUCAGCGGACAACUCUGUUUUUCAACCGUCAUAUUGACCAAAUCAUCCUAUGUUGUUUUUAUGGAGUUGCAAAGAUUUCUCAACUGAACCUGACGUUUAAAGAAAUUAUCUACAAUUAUAGAAAGCAACCUCAAUGCAAACCACAAGUUUUUCGCAGUGUUUAUGUUGAUUGGACAUCAGCUCGCCAUAAUGAGAAAAGUGGUCCUGAUCAUGUUGAUAUUAUCACAUUUUACAAUGAAAUUUUUAUCCCUGCGGUAAAGCCUCUUUUAGUUGAGCUUGCUCCUGGUGGAACAGCACAGAGAAGUGGUCAUGUCACAGAAUCUAGGAAGAAUAAUGAAGGUCCAUAUCCUGCAUCACCCAAGACAUCUUCGUUUCCAAGUCUCCCAGACAUGUCUCCGAAGAAAGUAUCUGCAGCACAUAACGUUUAUGUCUCUCCGUUGCGUUCAUCUAAGAUGGACGCACUGGUCUCACAUAGCUCUAAAAGCUAUUAUGCUUGCGUUGGAGAAAGCACCCAUGCUUACCAGAGCCCUUCAAAAGACUUGACUGUCAUUAAUAACCGCUUGAAUGGUACUCGGAAGCUCAGAGGCCAACUCAAUUUCGACGAUGUUGACGUUGGCUUGGUCAGUGACUCUAUGGUUGCCAAUAGCCUUUACCUUCAGAAUGGAAACACACCGUUGAAAACUGAGCAACAGGACUCGUAA